AGGACUUUCACGUUGUGCCCAGACAAACUGUCUCAACACAGCACACCCUCUACCCUGUGUGAACACAGUGCACAAAGCUAUCAACUGGAGAAAAGAUGUUCUUGGGCUCUGGGGUCAUUCUUUUCACACUUUUUGUAGUGGCUGAAGCACAGAAGAUAUUGCAACAGGAGAUAAUAUCUGCAACGCUCAGUGUUGAAUUUUCCUGUAAAGUCUCAGGCAUGACUUCGAGUGAUUAUAUCCACUGGUACCAUAAGAAAGAAGGGGGAACUUUGAAUCGAGUGCUCCUCAUUGACAGUAGUGGUAGCAGUAAAUCAGAUACUACUGACAACGACAACAUAAAAAAAGGAAGCACCAAGAAUGGUCUAAAGAUUUCAUCUGUAGAAAAGAAACAUGCUGGUAUCUACUAUUGUGCCUAUUACGACAGCCACAGUGAUAUAGAUGCCACAAUCCGCCGUACACAAACCAAACAGCAAAUGAUGAUGACGCAAUCGGGAAACUCACCCGUAUUAGAUGCAGUUGUUUUUGUAAAGCUCGUUAUUGCUGUGGGUAGCGGCGUUAAAGUAUUUGGGUCUGGGACCGAACUUGUAGUGAGUGAUGAUAAAAUUGAAAAGAUAGCCCCGGCUGUGAUCGUUUACCCACCACCUAAGCCGCAAGAUGGAAAGACAGCCUUGGUUUGCAUCGCCAAGGGCAUGAUUCCGGCCUUUGUCAGAUUCAAAUGGAAAGAAGAAGGUCAGGAAAAUUCCGAGGCGGAGGUUCUGGAACAUAAAAUAGAGGAUGGUAGUGCCAGUAUAUUAAUAAUCGAGGAAAUGAAGGCAAGGGUGAAACACACAUGUACGGUGGAACAUGAAGGAACGGAGCAUGGAAAUACAUGGAGUCCCACAGGUAGGGUAAAUUAAUUACAUUAUAGGUUCCACAUUAUUAUAAAAUCCCUCACGAACGGGAUUGUGUAUAUACACACUGCCAAGAAGAAGUAUUUGCUCUACUAUGUAUUUUAUCACAGAAUGGGUUCAGAUCUGAAUAAGCACAAAAUACAUUUUUAAAUGAUUACUUCAUUUCUUUAAUGAAAAAAGUUCAAACCACCAAAAGAACAUCCAAAGACCUGCAGGUCUGUCUAGCCUAUAUCAGCCUUCCUGACUCUACAAUAAGAAAGAGAUAUUGGGCAAAGAAGGGAUUCAUUGGAGAAUAGCAAGGUGGAAACAACUGAUGACCAAGAGAAGCAUCAAUGCUCAUCUCACAAUUGCAAAGCAGCACCUGGAAGAUCCUUAUGCCUUUUCAGAUGAUGUUCUAUGGAUAGAUGAGUCAAGAGUGGAAGUACAGCAUUUUGCAAUAAGAACAUUAUUCCAACCAGUUAAACAUGGCAAUGUUAGUGUGAUGGUUUGUGUUUGCUGCCUUGGUACUCAGACAAUAUAAUUAUUGGAGGAACCAUGAAUUUCAGAAAAUGGAAUCCAAACACAAAAGCAAGACCACAUCUAAAUUACUGAAUAAAAUCAACUUCCUGACUAGACCACUGAAAAACCUACAAUCUGUGUUUACCUACAGUAAUGUGAAAGACUGAUAUAAAAUUAUCGGAGGUGUUUGGUUGCAAUUAUUGCUGUAGGAGGGGAAACCAGUUAUUUCAUUUAGGGGGGCAUUUUCACAGGGGUUUCGGACAUGGAUGUUUGAUAACAUUUUUCAUGAAAUCAAUGAAACAAUAAAUUUACAUUUACAUUUACAUUUUAGUCAUUUGGCAGACGCUUUUAAUCCAAAGCGACUUACAAGUGCAUAGGUUCUUCCACAAGUUAAAGCAACACAUCCAUGUCUAGUAAAAUACACAUGAAGUGCUGUUCUAAACAUACAGUCAUCAUAAGUGCAAUUCUAUUUUUUUUUUUAUUAUUUUUUUUUUUUGGGUUAGA